CAUGAUACUCAAAAUUACGACGUAAAUCCCCGAUAAUAAAAAUAGACAUCAUUAAUGUGAAGAAUAACAAUGUUGAUUUCAAAACAGUCUUAAUUUUUUUAUUCAACAUAAACUUCUUAAACAACUCAAACCUAGUGAACAGUAGUUAAAAUACUAAGUACAAUGAUGUUAACUAAUUAUUUAAUAUUCAUCAUAAUAAUUUAUUUCACUAAUUCAUUGACAUCAAGUAUAAAUCCAGGAGAUAUUUUCGACUCAUACAAGUUAGAAUCGUUUAUAGAUAGACUGGAGAAAAAAGUUAUGGAUAAUCAACUGAAAAAUACGACACUGAAGAAAUAUCAGAAAAAUAGAGAAUUAAAAGCAGUUUUCAUUGAUUUGAUAAAUACACUAGAGAAACUGAAUUUAGAAUCCGAUAAUGCAACUGACAAUUAUGGGCCGUACGAUUUUCAUAAAUUUCUGAACAUACUUGAGGAGCAUCAAAUUAAAAAUGGUUACGUUCAAUCAUUUUCAAAUUUGACUAAAUACGCGAAACUUAUAGAAGACAAAUCCAGUGCCAUAGAUACCAUCGUCAGAUCACUGAUUUACCUCCAUGAUCAAAGAAAUUCCGAUUAUGAUGUUAAUGUAUGCUCAUAUGUAUCUAAUUUGCUUAAAUUUGUGCAACACGAUAAGUAUUUUGAAUCUAUUUUGUCGAUAUAUCUAGAUUUUUUGCGCGAUCUUCAAACAAAAAUGGCGCGCCCAAAUCAAUAUUCUUUCUGUGGUAAAACCAGCUCAUUUGCUAUUGGAUUAGUUAAUUAUUAUAUUCACGUAAUGACAACUUUUAUCAAAAAAUAUACAUUAAUUCAGUUUUCUAAAAUAAUUGAAGCGCAAUGUCAAAAUCUUCAACCAACUCCGUCAUUGGAUUUUAUUUUAUUAAAAUUAGAUCUAAUCCUCAUAGUUGACCUGAACAAACAAAUAUUACAGAAAACGCAUCGAUUUAUGUAUAACUGUGAUUUAAAAAAAUCUGAUAACAGAAAUCAUUAUUAUGAAUUAGACCGUUUGGUGCAAACAAUAAUUAUUGAAGAAAGAUAUCUGAGCACAAAAAGAUUUUGCGAUCAUAAUUGUAGGCUGAGUUCCAUUACAAAAACUUUAAAUCAUACAGAGUGUCGUCAAUUUAUUAAUUGUCAAUAUAUUAGUGCAAGCUUCGAUAUUUGUGAAUCUAACAAAGGGAGUUCAAGACGGUACGAGUGGUUUAAGGACAGCCAGGGGAACAUGUAUGGCGAAAAUAAUCAACAACAAUGUGAUAAUCCCCUAAAAUCUUUAUCUAGUUACUAUAAUGCUUUUCAAUUUCACUAUUGUGAUUACUGCGUGUGUACUUGUGUUACGAACCCACAACGAGGGCACCCGAUGACAACUGCUAUCAGUUUUAGAGACCAAGUUACAAAUAUCAAAAACAACAUAGUAGUGACAGGUGUGCGAUUUGUCAAAAAAGACCGUAUGAUUCAUGUACAAAUAAAAAGGGGUAAACUGAAGUCACAGAAUGUCAGGGAUGAAAGUUCAUGGAAAAAUUUGGAAAACUUUUUUUAUGAGAAAAGUACUGGAAGACCUUAUGUCCAAAACAGUCAAAAUAUUUCUACAGUGUGCAAACUGGGAACUGAUUACGGAGAUGCUAAAAUAUUAAUUUUGGAUGAUGUACAUGCGCCCGAAGGUUUUGUUGUUACAGGGGUUAGAUUUAGAUUUGCAAAUAAUUUCGGUGAUUAUUCGCCACCGACAACAGGUCCGAUACAAUUGCAAAUUCGUGUCACGCCUUUUGAUUAUAUAAGCGGCAAGUUAAUUGAUCACAAUAAAACGCAUUGGGUUUCUCCAAAAGUCGAGAAAUGGAGAGAAUCAUUGAUUCUGCAAGAUCCCGAAGAACCAACUGAAUCAUCUGAUGAUGUUACUAACUCAAAGACAAAUCAGUAUAUUGUAUUCCGUCCUUCCGAUUUGAAAAAAGACGCCGGACAAUCAACAGUUCCAUUCUUUGAUGCCCAAAACGUUGAAGGUGUUCCUGAAUUUCCGUUAGGGGGAGUUGGAAUCAUUCAUCGUGGUCGCGACGGCGAUGGUGGACUUGUGGCAUUCCGAGUUUUCGAUUUAAAGCUUUCUAAAUAUUUUCAAUAACCAAUCAAAAUUAAAAAAUACUAAAUCAUUAUAAUUAUAUUUUGAAUAAUAUUGAUUAUUAUCUGUCUUUUAUUUCCAAUUCAAAAUAAAAAAAAAAUAAUAAACUUCUUAGAUAAUUACUUUAAGUCUAUAGUUAAAAAUUAUGUAACAGGAAACGAUUAAUGUUGGCCAAUUAAAGC